AUGGCCGACGACGCUGACAAGAGCCUCCACUUGCAUUACAUCGCCCCCGCAUCAUCAUGGUCCGAGGCUCUCCCAAUCGGCAAUGGUCGGCUAGGAGCCAUGGUCUACGGACGAACGUCCACUGAAUUCUUACAACUCAAUGAGGACUCAGUAUGGUACGGUGGACCACAGGACAGGACGCCUCGCGAUGCUUAUAGCAAUCUAGCCACUCUGCGCCAACUCAUCAGAGAUGAAAAGCAUAAGGAUGCAGAAUCUCUUGUCCGCGAAGCUUUCUUCGCGACGCCAGCAAGCCAGCGACACUAUGAGCCGUUAGGUCAGUGCACCAUUGAAUUUGGUCAUGAUGAGAAGGAUGUGACCAAUUACAAGCGAUGGCUCGACUUGGAGAGGUCGCAGUGUACGACAAAGUAUGAGCAUAAGGGUGUGACGUAUCGCCGCGAUGCCAUUGCCAGUUUCCCGAAUAAUGUCCUGGCUAUUCGGGUUCAGGCUUCAGAACCUACGCGCUUCGUUAUUCGGUUGAAUCGGCAGAGUGAGGUUGAAGGCGAGACGAAUGAGUUUCUUGACAGUAUCCGCGCACAGGAUAAUUACAUUAUUCUGCAAGCGACACCCGGUGGAAAGAACAGCAACAGAUUGGCUCUCGCUCUCGGUGUCUCUUGCAAACCAGGCGAUGGCGAGUUCAAGGUGACUGGAAACAGUCUCAUUAUCACAGCGACAGAAUGCGUCAUUGCCAUGGGCGCUCAUACGACUUAUCGGUCAUACAACCCCGACGCAUCAGCACUCCGAGAUAUCAAGUCCGCACUUUCAGAACCUUGGGACACAUUAGUCACCCGUCAUCGUCAAGACUACACGAAACUCUUUGGCAAAACUUCUCUUCGAAUGUGGCCAGACGCAAGCAACACCCCCACAAACGAAAGAGUCCAGAACAACCGAGAUCCAGGUUUAAUAGCGCUAUAUCACAACUACAGUCGCUACCUCCUCAUAUCGUCAAGUCGCAAAUCUGCAAAGGCCCUCCCCGCGACAUUGCAGGGAAUAUGGAAUCCUUCGUUCGCACCACCGUGGGGAUCAAAGUUCACUAUCAACAUCAACCUCCAGAUGAACUACUGGCCAGCAGCUUCAUGCAACCUCAUCGAAUGCGCGAGUCCUCUAAUUGAUCUUCUGGAACGCAUGGCUGAGAAGGGAAAGAGGACGGCAAAGAUGAUGUAUAACUGCAGAGGCUGGUGCGCGCAUCAUAACACGGAUAUUUUCGCGGAUACAGAUCCUCAAGAUCGAUGGAUGCCUGCUACGCUUUGGCCUCUUGGUGGUGUUUGGCUGUGUAUUGAUGUGAUCAAGAUGUUGAUCUAUCAGUAUGAUCACAUGCUUCAUAUUCGCAUUGCGCCUAUACUGGAGGGAUGUGUUCAGUUUCUUCUUGACUUUCUCAUUCCAUCUGCUUGUGGAAAGUAUUUAGUUACAAGCCCUUCUUUAUCACCCGAGAAUUCGUUUAUUACCGAGUCUGGAGAAACCGGAACAUUCUGUGAAGGGUCGGUCAUGGACAUGACGAUCGUGCGCAUUGCGUUGGAGAGUUUCAUCUGGAGUAUCAGUAUUCUCAACAAAGAGAAUCCUCUCCAGAAAGAUGUCAUGGCUACUCUGGGCAAACUCCCACCAUUCCGCAUCAACAAGUCCGGUGUGAUACAAGAGUGGGGCCUGAAGGACUACAAAGAAGCCGAGCCAGGCCAUCGCCACGUCUCCCAUCUUUUCGGACUCUUCCCUGAUGAUUUUAUCAGCUUGGACUCGAAUCCAGCGCUGGUAGAAGCUGCACGAAAGACCCUGGCCAGAAGAGCCGAGCACGGAGGAGGCCACACGGGCUGGAGUAGAGCAUGGCUUCUAAACCUCUACUCCCGCUUACGUGAAUCACAAAAAUGCGAAGAACACAUGGAUCUCCUCCUCAGCAAAUCAACAUUACCAAAUCUGCUCUGCGAUCAUCCUCCAUUCCAAAUAGACGGCAACUUCGGAGGCUGUGCCGGAAUCACAGAAUGUUUAGUCCAAUCCAAUCUGCGACCUGGCGAGACUUCCCAAGUAGUCAUGAUACAUCUACUACCAAGCUUACCCUCUUCGUGGAAGAAUGGAAAAUUGAGUAAUAUUAGAGUCAUGGGCGGUUGGUUAGUUUCUCUAGAGUGGCGAGACGGGGAGUUGGUUGAGCCGUUGUUGGUGGAGUCUACUGUGAAUCAUGCUCCGGAUGCACUUGUUGUGUUUCCGAAUGGCAGGAAAGUACCGGUGGCUAAGAAGAGGGGGCAGCAGAAGAUUCCGUUUAGGAUGCAUCGAAGGAUCUCGACUGUUUGA